GCAGGUACGCAGCACUGCGUGAGAUUUUCAGAAUUUGGCGCGAGGUAGGUUGACGCUUGAAGGGUGUACGCGCAAGGUUUGGAUAGAAGACCGCUGUUUGGAAACCUGUCGUCCGCUCGCUUGCUGUCUUUAUAGUAAAGAACGGAAGAAGUUUACAUAAUGUCCGUGGCAGUGGAAACUACAGCACCCAGGGUGCCUCUCCCACUUCCCACCCACUUCUCCCAUGCGGAGCAGUCCUUCUCCCUCAAAAAGCGCCGAUUGCCUUUUUCCUCAUCAUCUACGUCCAACUCAUCCUACUGUUCUCCUGCUCGACUCUCAAAUUCUUUGCCCCCCCUGCCACCGUCUAAAGGAUGCCCUCCUCUGAGCAGAAUGUUCCCCCAGCAUCAAUCCCCCUGGACACCCCUGUCUUGUUCCCUCAGUAAAUCUCCCCCUCCAGAUUCUGUGUAUGAUCCCAGGAAACAGCAGUCCUAUUUCAGUCAGUGCUUUACUAAUUUGGGCCUGCUGGGAAGAGGAUCAUUUGGAGAGGUCUACAAGGUCCAAAGCAACAGAGAUGGCCGUCAGUACGCAGUCAAACGCUCUGCUCAGCGCUUCAGGGGUAACAGUGAGAGGAACCGGAGUGUCAGGGAAGCUAGGAAUCACGAGCGCCUGUGUCCUCACCCUCACAUCUUGAACUUCGUGGCUGCCUGGGAGGAGUGCGGCCGCCUCUACAUUCAGACAGAGCUGUGUAGCACCAGCUUGCUGUUCCAUGCCGAGAACCAGCCUCCUGGCCCAGAUGAGCCUGCUGCUUGGGCCUACCUGUGCGAUCUCCUCUCAGCGCUGCAACACUUGCAUUCUCAUGGGUUUGUACAUCUGGACCUCAAGCCUGCCAAUGUCCUCAUUACUGACUCUGGCCGUCUGAAGCUGGGUGACUUUGGGCUGCUGCUUGAGCUCAAACAGACGGGAGCUGCAGAAGAGAAAGUGAAAGACGAUGUUCAGGAAGGUGAUCCAAGAUACAUGGCCCCCGAGCUGCUGCGUGGGGAGUAUGGACCUGCUGCCGAUGUUUUCAGUUUGGGGGUUUCUAUUCUGGAGCUCGCCUGUAAUAUCGAGGUCCCAAACGGUGGCGAGGGAUGGCAGCAGCUCAGGCGAGGCUGUCUCCCCACAGAGUUUACCAGUGGCCUGUCAUCUGAGCUUCAGACAGUUCUACGGAUGAUGCUGGCCCCAGAGCCGUCUGAGAGACCCACAGUUUCUGAGCUUCUCGCCAUCCCCUCUGUUAGGAAACGCAGGUGGAAAAGGCGCAUGUAUCUAAUGGCUGCUGAGACAAUGCUGACACUGGCCUCCCUGUGUCAGAUGGUGGUCUCCUUUGGGCGUAGAUUCCUCUUUUUUUUUCGCUUGCCCUUCCUUCCCUGUUGGAACAAGCCUGCUCCUUGCACUCCUCCUAAAGGCAGUUGGGACAGGGAUUUAACCCUGCCCCUCAGUGCCAUGCAUACUGACUCAGGGAACCCAGAAGAGGAUGCAGUGUUUUUUCAUCCCACAGACCCAGAACUUUCCCCCACCUUCUCACAAAGGGUAAAAUCCAGACUGUCUGUAGAGAGCACAUCCACGCCUCUCCCAGGAUCACCAGUGCGCUAUCAUCCUCCCCACACACCCACUGACUUAAACUUUGGUAACUGGUCAUCAUGUAAAUUGGCUCAGACCCCUCCCAGCAUCCACACUAAUGGUUCCUGCCACAUACUGACACCCAGUGUGAGCCCCAUACAUGCCGAGCUUCCUACAGAUCCCUUCCAGAGCUUACAUUCUUCAUCCACCAGGUCUUCACAGCGACGUGUUCGCAACUGGGUCCAAGCAGAGGAGGCUAUACCUCGGCCCAGCUUUGAACCAAAGAACCUGCUGAGUUUGUUCGAAGAAACAACUCUAGAGGGAGAGCCAUGAUUAGAACACUGCCUUUAUCACAUUCAUGGACAAAGUUUCUGUGUAAAAUGUAAGGUGCAGAAGACCCAAGGUAUUAAUGUAAUAAUUUCACUAGUUUGUAAAUAUAUUUUGGGGUUUCUUUGCCAUUUUGCAUUAGCUUCUUUUAAUGUGCAUUUAAAAAAAUGAAUUUAGGGAAAAGGGUUGAAUGUGUAAUCAGACCUUAAAAUCACUUUCUUUUUUUUUUUGGUUUGUGCAAAUGAAAUCAGUUGCUGAAAUGACUUUACUCUGAGUGGUUUAACUCAUGACACACAACGCAAAGUAAGCAGAAAUUAACAGUGAACUUGUGAAGCAUGUUGUGACU